CCACCCGGACAUAUUUUGCAUUGCAGCCACGCGCUUAUGCUUGCAGUGGUUGGCUAAUGAAAUGUAGCAUGUUUGAUACAAGAUGUCACAAGUGUAAUUCAGGCAUUAGGUGGUUGUAUUUCUUUAACUAGUUAUUACAAAUAAAAUACACAACAGGAUGUUUGCAAAAGCGUUUCGUGUGAAGUCCAAUACCGUUAUCAAAGGAUCCGACAGGAGGAAGCUGAGAGCGGACGUCUCUGCUGCCUUUCCGUCCCUGUCUGCUGAUGACCUCAACGAGCUCGUACCGAACAAAGAAGAGCUGAACGUCGUAAAAAUCUACGCACACAAAGGAGAUGCUGUCACUCUGUAUGUGCUCCACAGGAACCCAGUGUUCUUCCAGCUGGAGAAACAGCUGUACCCUACAGUGUACACACUUUGGCAGUAUCCUGAUCUGUUACCUGCCUUCACAACAUGGCCUCCAGUGGUACAGAAAUUAACUGGCGGGGCAGAUCUGAUGCUGCCAGGAGUAGUGGUGUCCUCUACAGGGCUACCAGACGUAAAUCAGGGGGACAGCUGUGCUGUUAAUGUCGUGUCCAACAGAGCUCCAGUUGCUGUGGGUACAGCGGCCGUGUCGAGCAGAGAGAUGAGGACCAGUGGGAUGAAGGGAAAAGGAGUAAAUGUGUUACACACGUACAUGGACCAGCUGUGGGCUUUUGGGGAGAAGACCACACCUCCUGUCAUCCCAGUCACUGAUCCUUCAGUCCAGGCAGAGGCAGACAUGGACGGAGAGGAAAGUGGCGAAGAGGGAAUGGAAGAUUUGGCUCAGGAGAGCGCAGUACAGAAAAACUCUGGCACGGCUGCAGUGGAAUCGUCUUGUCAGAACCUGCAGGAUCUCAGUCUCGGAGAGGGAGAGAAGGACGAGGAGACGGAGGAGGUGCAGGGAGAACAGGAGGAUUCGAGAUCUCCACAAGAGCAGAUGGAUUCUCUGUUGUUUCAGUGUUUCCUCCAUGCCCUGAAGAGUAAAGUGAAGAAGUCGGAGCUCCCCCUGCUGACCGGCACCUUCCUGCGCAAGCACAUGGCCUCAUGCUGUCCUAAAGGAAAAAAUCUUGACAUCAAAAAAUCCAGCUAUAAAAAGCUCUCGAAGUUCCUGCAAUCUAUGCAGAAGGAGCACAAUCUGGUUCGUGUAAAGGAGCUGAGUAAAGGAGUGGACAGCAUUGUAGAGGUCGACUGGAAGAACGCUGAGUUGUGUUCUUUCUGCGUGCCGGAAGAUUGGGAGCCUCCAGAGGAGUGUGUUGAGGAUAGAGAGAGCUGUGCGGAGGUCUAUAAGCCCCCUGAAAUCACCCCACUUUACGGGGUCACCGCACGCCUAGAGCCACUAUUCCUGGAUGCGCAGAAAAAAAAGGGUGCAGUGCUACAGGCUAGUGAAGUGAGGAGCAUCAUCACCGAUUAUGUGAAAAGAAACGAGCUUGUUCAUGAAACCAACAAAAGUUAUGUGAACAUCAACCCUGUGCUGUGUGACUGUUUACUGGAAAAAUCUGAAUAUCAGGAGGUCGAGACGUUAAAAUGGGACGAUCUCUUCAGCCGGACUCUGAGCAGGAUGCAGUCGUGCCAUCAGCUGCAGUUUCCAGGCCAGGCUCCUGUGGUCCGGAAAGGGCAGGUGGAGCCCAUCGAUAUCACUGUAGCCUCCAGAGGCUCUAACAAGAAGGUGACGAUAAUAAAGAACUUGGAGGUGUUCGGUGUAGAGCCAGCGGUGGUAGCUGACACACUGCAACAUCUAGUCCAGGCCAGUUCUGUCCUCCACGAUGUCCCUGGAGCCAAAGAGCGGCAGCUGGUGCAGAUCCAGGGCAACCAGGUGCAUCACGUCGGCAAACUGCUACUAGAGCAAUAUCAGAUCCCUCGCAAAUACAUCCAGGGUUUGGACAAAGCUCCGAAAGCAGGCAAGAAGAAAUAACACCCGUCCCACACUAGUGACUGUACAUUGCUGUAACAUAGACAUGAACUACUGGCCUAAUUCAUUAUUUGUGUACUAAGACUACUCCACCGCCGUGAUGUUUAAUCAACAGAGCUGUACUUUACAUUCAAUCAUGGAAUAAAAUAUUUGAAUAAAACAAA